UGUAUGAAUUUGAUAGAUUUCUAUCGAAAUUCGCGCCAAAAUUUGUUUCGCGUGAAGGUAAAUGCAGCUUUUAAUAUAACUGUGUGCGUUUAUACGGAUGCAGUGAAUAAUAUUUAGAUUUUGAAGAUAAAUAUUGUUGUAAAUAAAUGGCAGAUCAAGUUAGUUCACCACCUCCGGCAACGCCGAGUGAUGUUGAUGAUCGUCGGGAUUUGCGUGCUGCUUUAACUUCGCCUGUAGGUGAUUUUGAACCAUUCGAAAAUGAGGAUGAAAUUCUGGGCGAUCAAACCAUACGAGAUGAGGAGGAUGAGGAUGGUGAAGAAUUAUUUGGUGAUAAUAUGGAAAACGACUACCGGCCUAUGCCUGAGUUGGAUCACUAUGAUCCCGCAAUGCUGGACGAUGAAGAUGAUUUCUCGGAGUUGUCACAGGGAGAGCGGCUGGCAGCAGAGGCUGAAAUGCGAAAGCGUGAUCGUGCUCUAGGUAUUCAUCGUGAUGAUCGUGAUAUAGGUUUUGAUCAAAGCGAUGACGAUGAUGACGUUGGACCACGAGCAAAACGGCGCGCGGCCGAAAAAGCAGCAGAGGGAGAAAUAGAAGAUGCAGAAAUGAUAGAGUCCAUAGAAAAUUUAGAAGAUACCAAAGGUCAUUCCACUAAGGAAUGGGUUAGUAUGCUUGGACCACGCACUGAAAUUGCAAAUCGUUUUCAAUCAUUUUUGCGUUCUUUCGUUGACGAACGAGGCAUAUACACCUACCGUGAUCGUAUUCGACGAAUGUGUGAACAAAAUAAGUCGUCAUUUGUUGUAUCAUACACAGAUUUGGCCAACAAGGAACAUGUAUUGGCUUACUUUUUGCCUGAGGCACCUUUUCAAAUGUUAGAAAUCUUCGAUAAGGUUGCGAAAGAAAUGGUUUUGUCAAUAUUUCCCACAUAUGAACGUGUUACCACUGAAAUCCAUGUACGUAUUUCAGAGUUGCCUCUUAUAGAAGAACUACGUACUUUUCGCAAAUUGCAUCUCAACCAAUUGGUUCGUACUCUUGGUGUGGUAACAGCAACAACGGGAGUUUUACCUCAACUUUCAGUUAUAAAAUACGAUUGCGUGAAAUGUGGGUACGUUUUAGGACCAUUUGUACAAUCACAAAAUACAGAAGUGAAACCGGGAUCAUGUCCUGAGUGUCAAAGUGCUGGACCUUUUUCGAUUAAUAUGGAACAAACACUUUAUCGAAAUUACCAGAAGAUUACAUUGCAAGAAUCACCUGGUCGCAUUCCAGCUGGUCGAAUUCCUCGUAGUAAGGACGUCAUUCUUUUAGCGGAUCUUUGCGAUCUAUGCAAGCCAGGUGAUGAACUGGAGGUGACUGGCAUUUACACAAAUAACUAUGACGGUUCUUUAAACACUGAACAAGGUUUUCCGGUCUUCGCUACAGUUAUAAUUGCAAAUCAUAUAAUUGUUAAGGACAGUAAGCAAGUGGUACAGUCCCUCACGGAUGAAGAUAUUGCUACCAUCCAGAAAUUAAGUAAAGAUCCAAGAAUUGCGGAGAGAAUAAUUGCAUCAAUGGCUCCGUCUAUAUAUGGUCAUGAUUAUAUCAAACGUGCACUUGCGUUGGCAUUAUUUGGAGGAGAAUCAAAAAAUCCUGGCGACAAACAUAAAGUGAGAGGAGAUAUAAAUCUACUGAUUUGUGGCGACCCUGGGACAGCCAAAUCUCAGUUUUUGAAAUACACAGAAAAAAUUGCACCCCGAGCUGUUUUCACCACAGGUCAAGGUGCCAGCGCAGUAGGUUUGACGGCAUACGUUCGUCGAAAUCCAAUUUCGCGUGAGUGGACUUUAGAGGCAGGUGCCCUAGUAUUGGCCGAUCAAGGCGUAUGUCUUAUCGACGAGUUCGACAAAAUGAAUGACCAAGAUCGAACAUCAAUUCACGAAGCAAUGGAGCAACAGUCAAUCUCGAUAUCAAAAGCCGGAAUUGUAACUUCUUUACAAGCGCGCUGCACUGUAAUUGCGGCAUCGAAUCCCAUUGGCGGCCGGUACGAUCCGUCCAUGACAUUUUCUGAAAAUGUUAAUCUUUCGGAACCAAUUCUUUCCCGGUUCGAUAUUCUAUGUGUCGUUAAAGAUGAAUUUGAUCCUAUGCAGGACCAACAUUUAGCUAAGUUCGUUGUAAAUUCUCAUAUUAAACACCAUCCCUCAAGCGAAGAGUACGUAGAAGAUUCACAGGUAACCGGAGUUUCUGAAAUACCUCAAGAUCUUUUGCGUCAGUAUAUUAUUUAUGCAAAAGAAAAUGUCCGACCUAAACUAACGAACAUUGAUGAGGAUAAAAUAGCCAAGAUGUAUGCUCAACUUCGUCAAGAGUCAUUUGCUACCGGCUCGUUACCAAUAACAGUGCGACACAUUGAAAGCGUUAUCCGGAUGUCCGAAGCACAUGCCCGAAUGCAUUUACGUGAAAAUGUUGUUGAGUCCGAUGUAAGCAUGGCUAUAAGAAUGAUGUUAGAAAGCUUCAUCGAAGCCCAGAAGUUCAGUGUAAUGAAGAAGAUGCGAACAGCAUUCCAGAAAUAUCUUUCCUUCCAAAAAGAUCACUCUGAAUUGUUAUUCUUUAUUCUUCGACAAUUGACACUUGAUCAACUAGCCUACAUUCGUUGCAAAGAGGGUCCGAGCGCAACACACGUUGAAAUAAUGGAAAGAGACCUCAUUGAACGAGCCAAGCAGUUGGACAUUUUCAAUUUGAAACCAUUUUAUGAGUCGGAUGUUUUUAAACAAAAUGGAUUCUCUUAUGACCCAAAACGGCGCACAAUUCUUCAGAUUGUCACAGAAGCUGCUGUUUAGUAAACUUCGUAUGAAUUUCAUAGGACACAUUCAAGAAAUAUUUCAGUACUACUUCAUUGCAUUAUUUGUCAUUAACAUAAUAUUUAAUGUAUUCCACAACAAAGCGCCGUACCUAAAGUACAAUUUUCAAUAAAGUUUUACAUAAUACAAAGAAAG